AAAUAUAUAUAAGUAACAAAGUGUUUAAGUAUAUGAUUAAAGUACCAAACGUAAGAAAUAUCUGUCCGCUGGUCAUUGUACAUCCAGUCAGACAUAAUAAUACAAUAAUAGAUUUAAGCAAUAAGCACGUCGCAGAAUGCAAAAAAGAAACACAUCCUUUGAACAACUGCCGAGAAGGAAGUGGAAUGCCAACUUGCAGAAUUGAUCGCUUCGACAAAUGCCUCACCAUGAUUUUCAACAGUAACGCCGCUAUAUGCAAGACUACAUCGUCGUAUCAUAUUGCUCCUCUCGAGAGAGUGGAUGAUAAUACAAUCAUAAUAAAUGACGUCACAAUAUCCGAAGGUAAUCGGAAGUUAAACCUCACAGAACAUUCGGUUUCGGUAACAUUACCCUACCUGCACCAAGUUCACCUGCGUAACUUGCACAAGAUCGACAAAUUCAAUUCGGAAGCAAGAUCAACUAGCAGGCCGAAUAUAAGUCCAGUCACAACGAACUUCAACAUGAAGACAGAGGUAGAAAGGAUCGUACGCAAUAUCGCCGAAAGUCAUCAGAAGAUUCGGGACGAAUCCGUUUAAGGGGAGGGGUAAUUAUAGUACAACAAUAAUAUC